AGUGAAAUAACUUUUUUUUUAAAUUUCAAUCAGAAGCUUAAAUUGAUGAUUGAAACUCAAAUAUAUGAAAUUUUAUACUCUAAAAGGGCAAAGUUAUUAAUGAACAAACGCACCCGACUUACAAUCAUAAAUCAUUUUGUGAUGUUAAUUUUAAAUUUUAGCGAGUCUCAUUUAAAAGUCUUAAUUUCGCUUAUGAUAAAUAUGCUAAUUCUUGUAUGAGACAGUUAUCGUAAGAUAUUUCUCAUAAUUAGGUUAAACAGUCCAAUAUUAUAAACUUUUAGUUUAUUGGGCUUUUUAUUUUCGUCUCACCAUAUGACAGUCUCAUACAAUACGGUCUGUAAUAAAUAAAUCAACCACAAGCUUAAACUGAUAUGGUUCUGAUACCAUAAGCUUGAACAAAUUGUUAACACUCCCAGUAUCUCGCACAAGGCAGAGUUCGAGUGGGUUUUUUUCCUGAAAGAUGUGGACAAACCAUACCUGUUCCCCUCAAGGAGAGUAUAAAAAGGAUGCGCGCAGUCAAGAAACCCCAACUGAUACCUGCACCUAGUAGGAAUCGAACCACAAACCUUCUACUCAACAUCCUAAUACUCUAUUCAUUAAACCCAAGCCGAAAUGUUAUAUAAUGUAACAAUUAAACCCAUUAACGCUAGCUAAAGGUAAGAGAUGAGAAAGGCAUCAAUGGAGAUCCAAGAAAAUAACCAUUAUCAAGAAACAGGAUCAGAUCAAGGAGGAAGUGUACACUCGCAAAACCGAGUAACAUUUAGCGGUCCAUUAACACCCAAAAGAAGAAACAAUAGUAAAAGAUCAUCAUUUAAAGAUGAAGAUGAAAAUGAGUAUGUAGAAAUAACACUAGAUGUAAGAGAUGAUAGUGUAUCAGUACAAGAUAUUAAAGGAGCUGUGGGUGAUCAAGAAGCUGCUUUACUUACUAGUCAUCUUCAGAAACACCGUCCACAAACGCUUACUUCUCAGCUUUCGGCUAAGUUAAAGCAGGUUUCACGGGAGUUGAAGCGAGUUGCGUCGUCAUCUAAUCGGGGGUUUAAACACCUUGAUCGGAGUAAGACUACGGCGGCGCGUGCGCUUAAAGGGUUGCAGUUUUUGAAUAAGAAUGUUGGGAGUGAAGGUUGGGCUCAGAUUGAGAAACGGUUUGAGGAAUUGGCUGUUGACGGUUUGCUGCUUAAAUCCCGGUUUGGGAAAUGUAUUGGUAUGAAUGAGAAAGAAUUUGCUGGUGAAUUAUUUGAUGCAUUGGCUCGUAAGAGAGGAAUUGUUACUGGUACAAUUACAAAGUCUCAAUUGCGUGAUUUUUGGGAACAAUUAUCGGAUCAAAGUUUUGAUGCUCGUAUUCAAACCUUCUUUGAUAUGGUGGACAAGGAUGCAGAUGGCAGGAUUACUGAAGAAGAAGUCAGAGAAAUUAUCUCCUUAAGUGCAUCAGCUAAUAAGCUGUCCACAAUUCAAACUAAUGCUGAGGAAUAUGCUGCUCUUAUCAUGGAAGAGCUUGAUCCUGAUGGCCUUGGUUUCAUUGAGCUCCACAACUUGGAAAUGCUACUGAUUCAAGCACCUACACACUCAAACAGCACGGUAACUGACAGCCGAAAGCUGAGCCAAUUGCUUAGCCAAAAGCUAGUUCCGACCAAAGAGCCGAAUCCUAUCAAACGAGGUGCUAAUAAGUUAGCUUACUUCGUCGAGGAUAACUGGAAGAGGAUAUGGGUUAUACUAUUAUGGCUUGGCAUAUGUGCUGGUCUCUUCACUUGGAAGUUCAUACAAUACAAGAAUCGUUAUGUGUUCCAUGUCAUGGGUUAUUGUGUCACGGCUGCAAAGGGUGCAGCCGAGACACUUAAAUUCAACAUGGCGCUCAUCCUUCUUCCUGUUUGUAGGAACACCAUCACCUGGCUUAGGAGCCGAACAAAGCUAGGAAUGGCGGUUCCUUUUGAUGAUAACAUCAAUUUUCACAAGGUAGUGGCUCUUGGUAUCGGAGUUGGGGUUGCCAUACACGCGUUAUGCCAUCUUACGUGUGACUUCCCUAGGCUGCUACACGCAUCAAAUGAGGCGUAUGCACCCUUAGCGCAAUACUUUGGAGAAAGAAGGCCUCGUAAUUACUGGUGGUUUGUUAAGGGAAAGGAAGGAUGGACGGGGGUUACUAUGGUUAUCUUAAUGACUAUUGCGUUCACCCUCGCCCAACCUUGGUUUCGAAGGAAUAGGCUUAAGCUUCCUAAGGCUCUUAAGAAACUAACUGGAUUCAAUGCAUUUUGGUACUCUCACCAUCUCUUUGUCAUAGUCUAUGCCCUCUUGUUAGUCCAUGGGUGGUUCCUCUUCCUUAGCAAAGAUUGGUACAAGAAAACGACAUGGAUGUAUCUCGCUGUGCCAGUUCUCUUAUACGCCUGCGAGAGGCUGAUCAGGGCGCUUAGGUCGGGUUAUAAGACCGUGCAGAUAUCAAAGGUUGCUGUCUACCCAGGGAAUGUAUUGUCAUUGCAAAUGACAAAACCUCAGAAUUUCAAGUACACCAGUGGACAGUACAUAUUUGUAAACUGUGCUGAUGUUUCGCCUUUCGAAUGGCAUCCGUUCUCUCUGACUUCCGCUCCGGGAGAUGAUUAUGUAAGUGUUCACAUUCGUACAUUGGGUGAUUGGACCUCUCAACUCCGAACACUCUUCUCCAAACUAUGUCAACCUCCUACAAGUAGUGAUCAGAGUGGACUUCUUAGAGCGGAUAUUGGCAACCCUUCAAUUCCUAGGAUGCCAAGGCUUAAGAUUGACGGUCCAUAUGGGGCGCCAGCCCAAGACUAUAAGAAAUAUGACGUACUUUUACUAGUAGGUUUAGGAAUCGGAGCAACCCCAUUGAUUAGUAUAGUGAAGGAUGUCCUUUACCAUAUCAAGCAACAAAAAGAUGUGGAGCAAGGAUUAGCAGAUGACUCGAUCACCCAAAGGAGGAAGCCGUUCAAUGUGCAACGUGCUUAUUUCUAUUGGGUUACACGCGAACAAGGAUCUUUCGAGUGGUUCAGAAGUGUGAUGAAUGAAGUGGCUGAGUUUGAUCGAGACCAUGUGAUCGAGCUCCAUAACUACUGCACGAGUGUGUAUGAAGAAGGCGAUGCAAGGUCGGCCUUGAUUGCUAUGCUUCAAUCUCUACACCAUGCUAAAAAUGGUAUGGAUAUUGUAUCUGGAACUAGGGUGAAAACUCAUUUUGCUAGGCCUAAUUGGAGGGCUGUUUUCAAGCAUGUUGCUGUCAACCACACUGAUAAAAGAGUUGGGGUGUUUUACUGUGGUGCACCUGGAUUGACUCAACAACUAAGACAUUUAUCUCAAGAUUUUUCAAGGAAGACAUCAACCAAGUUUGAUUUCCACAAGGAGAACUUUUAAGAGCCAAGUAUUAUUUGUUUAGAUAAUACCAAUAGUUUCCCAAACAGAUCCUAAGUAAAUAUAUACAAAAGCCAAGUACCAACCCUAUUUAUAUUCUUUGAUUAUAGACAAGAAUUUGUUCCUUAAUUUACUUUGUUUUAUUUAAGUUCUAAUUAACAAUAUACUAGAGUUGAGGAUGGCUUGUGAUCUUUCACAUCUUUGUCCAAAUGUAAUAUGUCAAGAAUAGAACAAGGAUAUUCAGAAAAUUUUUUGUUAGUGCAUAAUACAAUGAUUAGAAAUUGAUGACAUUUUGUACAAA